GAGUCGUAACCGCAUUGUAUUGCGCCUUCGAUUCUACAACAGUAACAGCAAGUGCGUUGUGACAGUAAAAGGGAAGACUGUAAUGGCGGAUGGCAUCGGACGCUCCACUGAGGAGGAGGAGGACAUUGAUCCCGCUUUUGGCCGCGCAUGUGUGGCGGACCCCUCACUGCUGCAAUCUGCAUCCACGCCUCUUCUCUCCUCUCUGCCUGCCCGCUUCUCCUGCCCGCAGUUUGUGUGUCUGGGGGGAUUUUGCAACACUAGGACCGUGUUUGAGUGGCGGGGCAACACAAUUGAGCUCGAUGAGACUCAGUUUGCCUUUGGCACACAGUACGAGAUUGAGUGUGAGACGAGCCAGCCAGAGCAACUCAAAGCAGAGCUACACCUCAAACCUCCCCUCCCACCCACGUCCCCACAACCCCCCGUGCCACCACCCCCCACCUUCCCCACUGACCUCUCCCUUUUUUGCAAUGUCCCUUUUUUCCUACCGAUUUUGUGCGCUCGUAUUGGAUGGUUGCAGGGGGAAGUUUUUGCAAGAGCAUAA